UCCAUUUUGUAUUUGAAUUGGACUGGACAUCAUUUGGUCCAAAGUCCAAUAGUCCAUUAUUGGGAAUUGGACAAGUUCCAAUGCCAACACUGAUCGUCGGCGGUAAAGAAUUAAUUAUCGGAAUUAGAUUCAGCGUUGUGGAAGAUAAUAUGGUUGGGAAUUUCGAAUUGGGCUGGUUCGACAGGAGAAUAUUGAGGAGUUUGGAGAGGAAUACAUCGUAUUGGGUCUUUGGUAAAAAUAUCAAGUGUUCUAAGAAGGGAGCGAUUAAUUAUCAUUGGAAUUUUGUUCGACGAUAG